CAUUACAUUGUGCUAUUUUGCAAGGAUUCUACAAACACUGGCCGCCUCGUUAUUCCAUAACUUGGACGCCAAUCAUCUUCCCUGAGUCGCUGGCUAUUUCGAGAGAGAUUUGGACCCUUCCCCUAUCCCAAUAGAGGCUGGUAACCUGCUAGACUCUGCCCAGACUUGCCAAACCUUUUCCUUGUGUCAUGCUAUCUUGACAGGGGGUGUCCACUAAACCGCCCUCCCGCGUGGGGAGAUUAUUCUGUGCCGUAGCUCCCGCCGAACGGGCCACGUAUCCUGCAGCGAUUGCCCUAUUCGACACAAUAUUAGAUGACUAUUCGCCGCUGGAAUAUCGUCUCGGAGAAAAGCAACCAGAAGUAAUCGGUGCGUUUCGGCCCCCACACGAUUUCGCCACUAGUACAUCCGAAGCUCUGUGUGAAUCCAUUCGAGAGCUUCCCUCCCCUCUCCUGGAACAUGCGUUCGUUUGUUCCAUCAGCCCACGCGGAGCGUGUAGCUUCUCGACAGAAGGGCCACUUCGCACCCCUGACCUGUGUCCCCGGAAGGUGCGACCUUCCACAAGUACCAUUUGGGUUCCCGUCCGGUCCACUCCGCCGCAUCUCAGGACCUUCCUUCGUUGAGCUUCCUUUGUUACCAUCGUGCGCGGGUGGAAAAGUCCAACACAGUGAUUACUCGACGAAGAACGGGGAUUCCACAAGCUGGGUGUUUAUUUGCACUAUCAUUUGCGCGACUCGUGGAGAUGAAUGCACCAAUCGUAUGGCUUCCAUCCUUAUAUUCGCGGAGAACGCAGUAGCCAUGAUCCAGAUCUGCUUUUUCUGUCGACGAGGAAUAACGGUCUUUGCCAGAUAUUGCCACCCGCAACCCGAUCAAAUAUUUUCUCUAGCGCUUGUCCUGAACUUUAGAUCACUUCGAGUACUUGGGUCAUUGUUGCGCCUUGAUUUUCGCUCUCGAGGGACAUAACAUCUGGUUCACCCCGGUUCCCGCACAGGAAGCCACACCCCUAGUUUAUCCAUUCUCGGUGGACUUGCAUGGAGGCCUUAACUUGCGUUCCAUACCACAUCUGGCUCUUCGUCCGAUUUCUUUUUUACUUAGGAAACCAACUACAUGCAGU